AUGGAUGGACCGCCACCACCUCCCCCGCCGCAUGGCGCAAACCCAAAUACUACUGAAGGCACCCCGCGAUAUCGAAAGUCGACGGACUUGCCCGACGGCCCUUACGACAUUUUUGUGAUACCCCCACACUCUGCCGGCGGAGGUUUUAUUUAUUUACCAUCGUUGAAUUGUCAUCGCAACAGCUUCAUUGCCGGCUCGCUAUCUACCUUGGCAAUUGUCGUUUUAUGGAUUCAAUUACAACCGUUGGUGAAGACUUGGCUUGCGGCAAUGUCGAAAUCGAAUGCACCUGGAGGCAUGGGUGUCAUACUGCUAGUUGUUGCUGUGGGUUUCGCUGGCUGGUACUUUGGCACAUUACAGAACGAUGCAGGUGGCAUGAACGGCAAUUCAUCAGGGAGGCCGCGACCUGGCGCAGGCUUUGCUAAUGGCUUCCAGUACGGCGGUGCACAACCAAACCCAGGAGCGUCAUACCCUGGUGGAGGGCCAGCUCCAAAUGGUCAAUACAACAACACCGGCGGUCAAUACAACCCUGGAGGAGCAUCACAACCACCGCCUUUCAAUAAUCACAGUGCUCAACCAAACGGCGCUGCUCAAGAUGAUACUCAAGACAAUACUCCGAAAAACGCUCAAAACAGCACCCCAAAAGAAGACCCAAAGAAAGCAGAAGCUGAAUGGGAGAGAGCCCGUGAAGAAACAAGGCGCAAAGAAGAGAUUAGACGAAAGAUGGAAGCUUACAAAAAGAAAAGAGAAGCUGAAGAGGCCGAGCGAAGGCGGCAACAGGAGCGUGAAGCCAUGGAGAAGGAAUUGAAACAGCGCAAGGAGGAGCUUGAAAGAGAGGCAGCAGCAGCUAAAGCAGCAGCAGAAAAGGAAAUCAGAGAACGAGCAGCGAGGGAAGAGGCAGAACGGGCAGAGAGAGUAAGAAGAGAGGCAGAGGAGCGGGAGGAGAAAGCACGAAAAGAAGCGGCCGAAAAAGAGGCUGCUGCGAAAGAGGCCGCAAAAAAGGAAGCCGCAGCGCGGUUUGCAGCGGCCAAAGAAGCUGCUGCCAAAAAGUUCGCCGCCGCGAAAGAGGCAGCUGCAAAGGCCAAAGAAGCCAGUAAAGCUCCCCCUCCUAGUGCAGCUCCAGCUCCUUCAGCUGCUUCGGCUCCUCCCCGAACCCCAUCCCCUAAAAAGCCACCACCACCGUCAGCAAGGACUGCCGACGUCGAUGACGAUGCCUAUUCUUUCCGGCCUUAUGAUAGGCCGCGACGACCGUACGGAACAUCGGCACCCUCUGUCUACUCUGAAUCUUCAUAUGCUCCAUCACAGUCGACGGCACGAACAACACCUCCACCGUCUCAUCGUGGACCGUAUAUGACCAAAGAUCCAGACAAAGUCAUCAUUCGCGGUGUGUAUCUUUUCAACAAUGCUUUCCAAAAGACCCCAAUUGCACAGUUGGUUUCUGGCCAAGGAUCCGUCACCGAUGGCCUAGUUCUAAGAAUCACCACGGAAGGAUUAUUUGUGGAUGACGACGUGCGCGGUGUUGCUCAAAGAGAAUGGGAUGUAAAAGCAUGGACAUUGAAGUCGGUUGAGACAAUCAAACUGCGAGGUCUACAAGUUGUUCGCGCAAGUGUUCGCGAUCAAGAAGGCAAAAGAUACGUGUUUGUGCUUACAGAAGCCGAGGUGUGGAAAGUCACUCAGGGGUUCAAGAAACUCAAAUCUGGGUCUCAAGCACGACACCUGAGCCAGUCAGAGUUGUCCAAGAACGAAGCCAACACAUAUCUGACGAACCUUGGCUACUAG